UAACCCCUAGCAGCUAGCAGAGCCUAGAAAGCCUAGGAGCAUUCAGCCAUUCAGGGUUCAGGAGAGGGAGGAGCAAGGUGGAUUGGUGUGUUGUGUGUCUCCUCCUGCCAUUGUUGCAUCCUGGAAAAAAGAUUUCGUUGGGUUUCUUUGCUGGUGUUUCUGAAGAGGAUUUGUGAUCCUGCUUGGUACACACUCAAUUCGGUCCAAGAUUGUGGGUUCCCGGAUCACAACCGGAACUUGGAGCCAAAUUUGUUCAAGAUUUGACGUUUUAUUGCGGAAGGCCACACCUUUCCGUGGGUUGGAGGUGUGAAUCAGGAGCCCUGGGAGAGGGGAGGAGAGGAGAGGAGAGGAGGGGGUGUGGAUUUCUGUGUUGAUUCAGUUAAGUUGCUAUGAGACAAUGAGGGAAGAGAGCAACAAGAAGAGCAAGCUCUCCUGGUCAAGAUCCCUCGUGAGGAAGUGGUUCAACAUCAAGAACAAGGCAAACGACUUCCAUGCAGAUUAUGAUGCUAGACAAGGAAGAAAUGGUCAUGGAGUUGAAUGCAGGACCAGCUGCUCAGAGAGGGAGGCAGGCACAGCCAAGAAAAGCAGAACUGACCGGUCGUCAAAGAGGAAUGCCGACUGCAUUCGUCGAGGAAGGACUGAAUCUGAUGUGUCACGCCUGACUGAAGUUCAAGAUUACAGAAUAUUUGCUUCAACAUGGAAUGUGGGUGGUAAAUCCCCAUCGAGGGGAUUAGAUUUAGAUGAGUGGCUACACUCUUCACCUCCUGCUGAUAUCUAUGUGCUAGGAUUUCAGGAAAUUGUUCCUUUGAAUGCUGGGAAUGUUCUUGGUACUGAAGAUAAUGUUCCUGCAAAAAAGUGGCUAUCCCUCAUUAGAAGGACAUUGAACAGGAACCCUGGGCCUAGCAGUUAUGGUGGCUGUCACACACCAUCUCCUGUUCCUGAUCCAGUUGUUGAACUGGAUGCUGAUUUUGAGGGAUCAUCAAGAAGACAUGAUAACUUGUCAUUUUUCCAUCGCCGAUCAUUCCAGAACCUUAGUCGGAGUUUAAGAGUUGAAGGAAAUUAUAUGGCAUCACAGGCAAGGCUGGACCGUAGGUUCAGUGUUUGUGACCCAAUUAGCUUGGGUGGCAGACCAAGUGAUUUUGAUGGAAAUUUCCCAUGUGUGGGAUCACCAGAUGAUGAAUAUAUCAAGGAGGAUGGAAGCAAUGCAACUUACUUCUCACCAUUCCCAUAUGGCUACGGUGCCUCAAUACCUAUGGAAGAAAUCGACGAGCAACCAUACACUUCUAGGUACUGUUUGGUUGCCAGCAAACAGAUGGUUGGUAUAUUUCUCACAGUUUGGGUGCGCAGCGAAUUAAGAAAUGAUGUGAAAAACCUUAAAGUAUCUUGUGUUGGUAGAGGACUAAUGGGGUAUCUUGGAAACAAGGGUUCAAUAUCAAUAAGCAUGUCUUUGCAUCAUACAACCUUUUGUUUUAUCUGCUGUCAUUUGACGUCCGGAGAAAAGGAGGGGGAUGAAUUGCGCAGAAAUUCUGAUGUUAUGGAAAUCCUAAGAAAAACCAGAUUUCCUCGGGUUCGUGGUGCUGGUGACGUUAAGUCACCAGAAACCAUCCUUGAGCAUGAUCGUAUCAUAUGGCUUGGGGAUUUGAAUUACCGGAUUUCCCUUUCAUACUGCUCGGCAAAAGCACUCGUUGAAAUGCAUAACUGGAAGCAACUGUUGGAGAGAGAUCAACUGCGGAUAGAACGAAGAUGUGGGCGUGUUUUCCAGGGUUGGAAAGAAGGAAGGAUCUAUUUUCCUCCCACAUAUAAAUAUUCAUUCAACUCGGAUCGCUAUUCUGGGGACAGUGUGCAUUCAAAGGAAAAGCGAAGAACACCAGCUUGGUGUGACCGUAUUCUGUGGCACGGCAACGGCCUCAUCCAGUUGUCUUAUGUUCGUGGGGAGUCACGCUUCUCUGACCACAGACCUGUGUACAGUAUUUUCAUGGCGGAGGUUGAAACUAUCCGGCAGAGGAGAAGAAACAUGGGAUAUUUCAGCUCUAGAGUUGAGGUGGAAGAGCUUUUGCCGUAUUCUUACAGCUUUGGAGACAUCAACUUCUACUAAUUGCCUCACUUUUCUGCUUUGUGUUUUAUGUUGACAGAUGAAGGGUUCAAAUUCUAAAAGAUGAUCAGAUGUGGAUGUGCCAAUAUUUUUUCCAUCUGGUUUUUUUUUAGUAGCCUUCAGAUGCACACUUUUUCUUUGACUAUCACCAAGCCUGAAGACUCUGCAGAUUCUGGCGAAUCACAUCAUCCAAAAACUAACAUCAAUGUAAUUGGUCUCUUGUUUAUUGAGGAAAAUUCAAAAGUCUUGCAUAAGCCUGACUAUCAGUCUUGUUCUAUUGCAGGGCAGUUGGGCAAUUUUGCAACUAACCCUUUUCCUUGCAGCCCUCACCUUCCAUUUCUACCUUUGUUUUCAAGAUACUGAUAAGUAUCAUCACUUUUCUUUUCCCUUUGCAUUUUGGGAACUUUUGUAAGCUGGCCAUUGUAUCAGCAUGAGGUGUAAAAUCAUUGCAAAUCGGCAAGAGGAAUGAUAACUUGGAUCGAACUAAUUCCAUAUAAUGAUUUCUAGUGCAAGGGCAGAAUGAUAGGUUGAUGUGACUUGACAGAUUUGCAAAGUUAUAAUCAUGUGCAUACCUUUCUGAUGGUGUACUUGUGAAGCUAAAUGAUGCUUGCAUUUCCUGCACUCAU